AUGGCAGACGCUUGGGUCGCUCGUUUUCCAACACUCGACGUGCGCUCGCAUCUCAAUCUCACCCUCAAUAUGUCGACUAUUCACCAGACUCCGUGGAUGGAGUCGAACACGACAAGAGCCACGAUUGCUAGCUUACAGUUGGAGAAGGUUCAGGCUAUACGCACAAUGCAUCUGACAUUGGGAGCUUUCAGUCUGGCUUUGGCGCUGUUGACGAUUCAUCGGAUCCUGUCAGAUGCGAGGAGAGUAGCUGCUUUGCAAGUUUCACUCAGGAGGCAAAGAUUCAAGUCUCUCCGGAACGUCCACCCCGCCGAAAUCUUCCCAUUAGCAAUCGUUUGCGGCGCGGCACUCCAACAGAUCUUCUUCGUAUCAGUACAAAGCACGACUCUUCAAACGAUCUUCUCCGACAAGUGUCGAGGGCUGACAAUGAUCACCUACCCCGCUCUCUUCCUCGUCGGAUACAUCACCCUAGUCUUUGGCGUCGAAACAGCAAUCCGGGCAGUCCGCUCGGAAAGCUUUGCUCCACGCGGCAAAUGGAACACACUGAUAUGCAUCGGCACAGUAUCCUUCCUGCUCCUGCUGACCUGGAUACCGACAAUCGUCUGGCCAAUGUCACGACGCUGUUUCGGCAGCCUAAUCUGGUUCCCCAUGCGCUACGACCUCCUCACACUGGUCAUCGUAUGCAUCCUCGUGGCCUCGCUCCUCCUCCUCGCAGCACUAAUCAGCAUCCAACUCCUGCGAACCAAGAACGUCGACCCCAACGAGCGCAUCGCCGCAUCCCGCAUGGCAUACUUCCUCCUCAUCACCGCGCUGAUCUACACGCUCCUCAUCCCCGUAGAAAUCCAAUCCCUCCGCCGCGACUUCGCCACCGCCCUCCGCAGCUCCCACAUCGCAGAAGUCUCCCUCUUCUCCUCAGGCAUGAUAAUCACUUUCUUCCACCUCUUCCUGCGCACAAACGCCGAGCGCACCGCUAUCCGCGAGCUGAGCGCACCGCGCCAGCAGAAACGGCCCCGCAUCCGCUUCUUCGGCCCCAGCGACCUCGAGAUCAAUAUCAGCAGCCCCAUGGACCUGCGGCGAGGCCGGCGCCCGGACAGCAGACAGGGGCUGAUUGAUGUGGGGCCCGAGAAGAACGGUGCGGAUUUCGACGUCGAGGAGUUCGACAACGAGCGGGGGGAUAAGGAGAGGAAUUGGCCGCUGCCGGAUGAGCGUAGGCUGGUUGCGUCGACGUACUCGUUUUUUCCUAAGGACGAGGCGCCGCGUCCUGCUGUCCGUGCAAACGCUCCCCGCACGCCCUCCUCGCCGUCUACUUCCUCAUCUACGUCUGCUUCGUCUUCCACAACAACCCUAACGCUCAGCCCCUUAACCCCACCCCGCCCCCUCUUCGCCCCACCCCGCCGCAUCCAAAGCACAGACAGCAGCCUGACGGUAGAAAUCGGCCUGCGCUUCUCGCUUGCCCCUGCUACGCUUCUCACAGCAGGGCGGUACACGCCGUCGGUGCAUGGAGAGGCGGAGGGAGGCGUUGUGCGUCCGCCGCCCACGUUGGGGAGGGGUGUGUAUCGCGAGAAGGGGGAUAGGUGGGAUAAACAACUCCCUGCUGUGCCGGAUGAGAGGGCUGUUUCGCCUGUGGCGGGGGUGGGCGUGGUUAGUGGGUUGCGGAUGAAUCCUGUUACGCCUGUUGUGGGCAGUGCUGCGGGGCGGGCGGAGGAGGGGAGGAGGGGGUGGAUAUAA